AUGACUGACGAACCGAUUCACAAGCGUUCUCCAACGACUCCUUCAACUCCCAGCGUUCGAAACGGUGCUCUAGCCAAAAAAAUGAAGCGAAACGAGAACUUGUCACCAACACGACGUAAGAGACCCACAGACGUGUCGAUGGAGGAGAUGACACGCCAGAACAUCGUUCGAACGCGAGAAUUGCAGCGAAUGCGAGAACUAGUGAAAUUUUUGGAGCUAGAACGCAAGUUUCAGGCGUAA